GGCUGUCAGUAGCGGACUUAGUUCGGGUUCGUUAGCACGCAUCGAGUGGAAUUCGAGGCAGCAGAAUGCCACGCCCAAUACUCUUGAUACAUGGCGGAGCGGGAGACAUCACCGAUGCGCGCGUGGAAGGCAAGUUCAAGGGCAUCAAAGACGCGCUUCGGGCAGCUUGGAAGCUUCUUGAGCCGGCUGGCGCAGAGUCGUCGAGCAGCGCACUGAAUGCCGUGGAGGCAGCAGUGCGCUCCAUGGAGCUGGAUGAGUCCUUCAAUGCGGGCUACGGCUCGUGCCUGAACACCGCCGGCGCUGUGGAGAUGGAGGCCAGCCUUAUGGAGGGGCGGGAAUUGCGUGCGGGCUGUGUGACCCUGCUGACGGACGUCAUGCAUCCGAUUACGGUGGCCCGCCGACUGAUGGAGAAGCGCCGGCAUGUAUUCCUUGGCGGCCAGGCAGCCCAGGAGCUGGCGCUGAGCACCGGCAGUGAAAAGCUGCCAGCCGGCGCCCUGGUCACGGACAGUGCUCGGCAGGCAUUGCGUGAGUUCCUGGAGCAGGAAGCUAAGGGUCUGGACACCACCUUUGCCCGCACCGAGCUGGAUGAUGCCCGCACCGAUCCAAAGGGCGAUACGGUGGGCGCCGUUGCCAUGGAUGCGAGCGGACUCAUCGUAGUGGGCACCUCGACCGGCGGCAUCACUGGCAAGUGGCCGGGCCGCAUUGGCGACACUCCGCUGCUCGGAUGCGGCACCUAUGCCGACAAUACUGUUGGCGGCGUCUCCACCACAGGGCACGGCGAGACCAUAAUGCGCUACAAUCUCGCACAGCGCAUUUUGGGCGCCAUACAGCACCAGGGACUCAGUGCUCAGGCAGCCGCCGAGAGGGAGUGCCAGAAGAUGACUGAGCGCAUCGGCGGCACAGGCGGCGCCAUUGUCAUCGAUCACAAGGGCGAGGUGGGCAUAAGCUGGACGUCACGGCGCAUGGCCUGGGGCUAUGUGCGCGACGGCAUCAUUCAUUAUGGAAUCAACCACAACGAGGUAUUUCAGGAGCCGCUGGUAGCCAAGGCGGAAUAAUUAUGCAGCUCUGAAGGAGUAA